CGAGAUGAACCAGCUCUUCCGGGGGUUCAAUCUUUUGUCGCAGCCCUCACUCAGGGAUCCAGCUCUGUGUCCUGAGGCUCCAGGAUUACUCUCCUCCCCUACCCUGUGAUCCAGGGGACCGCAUGAUCCCCUCGCAUCUCCGGGAUUCUCCUCUCUCUUGGGAUCCCAUUCCCAGUCCUGGAUACAGUAAGGGCUGGUUGUUCACUCUCUGCCCUGGAAAUGGCUGGACAGGAACAGCAGGUAACUCACCUUUCCCAGUUUCUGGGUACCUGAGGGAGCAGGUUGUGCUGCCCUGUACCUACAAAAGGAAUGUCCCACUCUCUGAUUUACAGGUAAUCUGGGGCACACUUAAGAGGGAAAUUGUCCACAAGUUUGUGAAUGGGAGCGAUGAUUUAAGAGAACAAGACCCACGGUUCAGAAACAGAACAAACCUGUUCAAAGAUCAACUGGAACAAGGCAACUGGUCAGUUCUGAUCUCUGACCUCAGGGAGACAGACCAGGCCGAAUAUCAGUGUCAGAUUUACAGCAGGAUGGAGGAUCACUUUCGAUGGGAGGGAGUUGAUUCUGUUCAUCUCGCUGUCACAGAACGAGCUCCCACACCUGGACCGAACACACCUGUACCAGGUGAGUCGCCUGUCCCAGUUUCUGGGUUCCUUGGGGAGCAGGUUGUGCUACCCUGUACCUAUAAAGGAAAUGUCCCAGUCUCUGAUUUACAGGUUAUGUGGGGGACGUCCAGGAGUGAAAUCAUACACAAAUUUAUGAAUGGGAGCGAUGAUUUGAGAGAACAAGACCCACGGUUCAGAAACAGAACAAAACUGUUCAAAGAUCAACUGGAACAAGGCAACUGGUCAGUUCUGAUCUCUGACCUCAGGGAGUCAGACCAGGAUGAAUACCAGUGUCAGAUUUACAGGAAGGUGGCUGCUGGCUUUGAUUGGGAACAGACUGAACAUGUUCAUCUCUCUGUUACAGGUCCUGGACUCUCCACUGGAGCAAGAGUUGGAUUGGGAUUUGCUGCUGUUUUUAUUGUAGCUGGAUUUGUGGUUUACAUUGUCCUAAAACGACAAAGAAAUUGUGAACAAAACUACUCCAGGCAUCAAAGCAUCGCAUGGCCUCAACCACGGAGCCUCGUGCCAACAACACCUGAGCAUUAGGAUGGAGCGACUGGGGGAACGUGGCUGUCCAACACUGAUUUUUCACUGCACUGAACCUGGGUUCCAUAUAUUCACCAACCUCUGGUUGUAGAAAUUCCUUCUCAUAUCCAUUCUAAAGUGAUGUCCCUUCACUCAAGGGCUGUGCCCUCAGGUCCUUGUCUCUCCUAAUCAUGGAAAUGUCUCUGUCUCUAAUUGUUCCAAAUUGACACUCCAACCAAAAUGAAGCACUGAACGAUGCUAGGAAACCUGUUCAGGUGAAGCACAGAGCCGUGUGCCAACAGCAACUGAGCAUCAAGGUGGAGCAGCUGGAGAACAAAACCACCUGGGGAACAGGAUUGUCUAGCACUGUGUUUCCACUGCAAACAGCCUGGCUCAGGGAGGGGGGAAUCAGCCCAGUAUUGUAGCCUUGUGGAAGGUAUUUGAUACAGUGCCACACAAUAGAUUUGAGAAAAGUUAUAGGUCAUGGAAUAAAAGGGACUUUAGUAACUUGGAUUCAGAAUUGGCUGAGGGGAAAUAAAAAGAAUUGUUAAAAUGGAUAUUUCAGACUGGAGGAAGCUUUGUAGAAGUAUUCCCAAGAGGCUGGUAUUAGGACCCUUUUAUCUUCCUGAUACAUUUCAAAGUUUGCACAUGAGGCAUAACUUGGAAGAAUUAUAUACUGUGAGGAUUGUGUAGAACUACAAAAGGACUUAGACAAAUUGGUGGAGUUGACAGAUGGGUGGUAGACUGGGCCUAAUGUAGAGAAGUAUGAGAUGUUGUAUGUUUGAUCGGAAGAUCAUCGAAAGAUAACAUAAAAUAGGGUGUACAAUUCUAUAGGGUGUACAAUUCUACAAGGUUAAAAAUC